GUACAAUGGAGCAAAUCAAAGGGACAUCUACAAGCUGCCUUCUAGUCCUUUUGAUAAGUUCCCUCGCAACAGCACAAGUAGCCCAAAGAUACACCUCACUGAAUCCUUGUACAUCGAAAGGGAAAUGUCACGAAUGUAUUCAAACACCAUCGUGUGCUUGGUGUUAUGAUCCAGAUUUCGGAGACAGCGCAAGAUGUUUCCAACCUUCCCAAGCGUACCAACAGGAGACCCGCUGCCGAGAAGAGUACGUCCUCAACCCGGACAACGUGCUCAGCGUUUUAGCGGCGCGCGCAUUGUCCAAGGCGGGGCGGGUGACCGGGGGCGGCGGUGGGCAGCUGGUGGGCGGCGCCGAGGGCAGCUACAACCACUCGGAGAACUGGUCUGAGAGUGGGAGCUUGUCGGGCAGCGCGGGAGGUGGGGCGGCUGGGGCAGCAGGGGGAAUAGUGCAGGUGUCGCCGCAGCGGUUGAAUUUGAAGUUGAGAGCAAGACAAUCUUACAGCAUAUCAAUGAAAUAUACUCAGGCGGAAGACUAUCCUGUUGAUCUCUAUUAUCUUAUGGACCUCAGUAAAUCUAUGAAUGACGACAAGGAAAAACUGUCUACUUUGGGCGAUAAACUAGCUGCUACUAUGAAAAAACUAACGUCCAAUUUCAGAUUGGGCUUCGGCAGUUUCGUAGACAAAGUCGUAAUGCCUUAUGUCAGUACGCUUGAAGAGAAGUUGAAUCGUCCCUGUGAUAUUUGUGUAGCUCCAUAUGGAUUUCGCCACCAUAUGACUCUUGACAAAAACACGCAUAUGUUUUCACAAAUGGUGAAAGACGCGAAUGUCUCUGGUAAUUUGGAUGCCCCCGAAGGUGGUUUCGAUGCCAUAAUGCAAGCAGUUGUUUGUCGAAAUCAAAUCGGUUGGCGAGAACAAGCUAGAAGGCUGCUCGUAUUUUCGACUGAUGCUAGUUUCCAUUAUGCCGGGGAUGGAAAGCUGGGUGGUAUCGUUAAACCCAACGACGGACUCUGCCACUUGGCCUCCAAUGGCACCUACACCGAGUCUUCCACCCAGGAUUAUCCUUCCAUUGAACAAAUAAAUCUCAGCGUCAAGAAGAAUUCCAUCAACGUCAUAUUCGCUGUCACUCAGUCCACUCUCGAAAUUUACGAACAACUCGCGAAAACCAUCGAAGGCGCCUCAGUUGGUAAACUGGAAGGGGACAGUUCGAACAUUGUGACGUUGAUUAAAGAGCAAUAUGAGCAAAUUUCCUCGACGGUGGAGAUGAAGCACAACGCUUCCAGUGCAGUCAGCAUAAAAUUCUUCACUAGGUGCCUCAAUUCGACAGGGUCUUUGGUGAACACUAAUAAAUGUGGGAAAAUCAAGGUCGGAGAUAUCAUUAAUUUCAAAAUCGACAUUGAAGUUUUGAAGUGUCCAAAGAAUCGUGCAGACUACAAGCAAACUAUACAGAUCUACCCUAUUGGUAUCAAUGAAAGUUUGGUUAUAGACUUGGAAAUGUUGUGUGAAUGUAAUUGCGAAAAACCUGGUGACAAGUUCUACAUGGAAAGUGCUCCGGCCUGUUCUCACCACGGCACGUACAAGUGCGGCGUCUGCGAUUGCUACGCGGGAGCGUUCGGCCGCCAUUGCGAGUGCACCUCGGACGAAAUAUCGCGGAACGUCACGACGAUGGACUGCGUCCCGCCCGGCAGCCCCUCGGGUCUGGAGUGCUCCGGCAAGGGCCAAUGUGUGUGCGGCCGGUGCGAUUGCGAGACCAGAGCGAACGAUAACGAGCGAAUCUACGGCAGAUACUGCGAAUGCGACAACUUCUCGUGCGAGCGACACGACGGCAAGCUGUGCAGCGGCGCCGAUCACGGCACCUGCGAUUGCGGCGUCUGUCACUGCAAGGACGAGUGGACGGGCUCGAAUUGCGGCUGCCGAAAGUCGAACGCGACUUGUUUCGCGCCCGGCGUGAUAGAUGGCGCCGUCUGUUCGGGGCACGGCAAGUGCGAGUGCGGCGCUUGCAAGUGCGAGACGACGGAGGAAGGAAGGUACUCUGGCAAGUUCUGCGAGAAGUGUCCGACUUGCUCCGACAAAUGCAUCGAAUACAGAGACUGCGUCCAAUGUCAGCAGUACAAGACUGGACCUUGGAAAAAACCCGAAGACUGUCGCGCGAAUUGUACGAAGUUUGUUCCCAUACCGGUUGAGGAAGUGACAGCCAAUGAAGAAACUGAAGUUCUAUGCGCGUAUUAUGACGAGGACGAGUGCAGAUUCACGUAUGUCUACUAUUUCGACAACGAGAACAAAAUUCAAAUUAGAGCCCAGCAAGAAAGAGAGUGUCCCGAUAAGGUUUACGUGCCAGGUAUCGUGUUGGGAGUGAUAGCUGCUAUUGUGCUCAUUGGCAUGGCUAUUUUACUUCUUUGGAAACUACUCACAACCAUCCACGAUCGCAGAGAAUUUGCAAGGUUUGAGAAAGAAAAAAUGAUGGCGAAAUGGGAUACAGGAGAAAAUCCAAUAUACAAACAGGCCACUUCAACAUUCAAGAACCCGACUUAUGCAGGAAAAGGUUAAAGUAUCACCAAGGAAUCAUUAUCUGUUUGUAACUGCCAUGAAUGAAUGGCAUAUCGCCAGUCUAUCGCUAUUUCAUUUUUUUUUUACUUCGUACAUGGGUAUUUCAUAAAAAUGGACUAGCGAUCGAUCAUCUGCCAACUAAUUUCACCUCAGUUUAUCAUUGCUGCUCCUCCAAACUUAUUGUCAAUAUUAUGCACGACACAUAUUACGAUAAUUGCUUUUGAUUCAGUGAUGAGAGACAGAAUUAUUAUGAGAAGAUAUUCAGAACAGAAUGGUAUUUUGCUGGACUAUUUCACGAAGCAUAAGCAUGUAACCGAACCGAUUCAUUCUGACAACUACAGCUAUAAUCAUUUUAUGUCAUACUGCCGAACUUUGGUUACGCGUUGGAAACACCAACGCUGAUAGACCAAUCAGAAUUGAAAGAAAGCUAGUGCGAUAACACAAGUUGACUUUGUCUUGUGAUGGUGUACAUUUUGAAGGAGCAGAAAUGAUUUUUAGAGGAGUGUGUGCGUGUGAACUCUUGAAGGUAGCUAAGUUGCUGGUGUUUUUCUAUUUAUUAAUGUGUGAACGAUUCUUGAAAGAUAAAAACUACCUACAAACAAUCCAAAUGAUAUUGUAUUUGUUUUGUGUUUGAUUUAUCUGAGGCAGCAUCAUGCCAAUCAGCCUUGAGAACAACAUAUUUCGUCUUGUUAUUAUAUGUUGGCCCUUAUCUAACUUCAACAGUUAUUCAUCAAAAUAUCUUCAACCUCAUUGUGUAACUGCAACAGUUUUUUUUCUGUUUUGAAUGACGGCAUAUACUAUUAUGGAAUAUGAGGGUUUUCACUUCGUGCUGUCACUAUUUUACAAGUUUUUAGUGCCAUAACUUUUUACAAAAUAUUUGAAAAAGUUUAUUAUUUGUAGCUUUACUACUAAUUCGAAUUGUCAUUGGGUACUGACGUUUGUCUUCAUUAUCAUUAUAGUUACGUUUGUCUUCAUUAUCGUCUAUUGUACAUGAUGUGUUUUUACCCCGUCAGUCUAUGGUUUUGUUCUUAGGAAGACAAAACCAGACACAUUAGUGUCUAUAACCGAAGUGCAUUAUAUCAAAUUAUGA